AUGAUGAUAACUUUGAAAAAAAUUUCUAUCUGGUCAUCUAAUCUCCUUACCUUACUCUUCUUCAUUGUUCUUCUCGUCCCAAAUGCUCAAUUACUUUUCAUUGAUCACCAAAAAAGGGAUUUAACACAAUGUUCGGGAUCAUAUCACAUUACGAAUAUUACGUUCUCACCAAAUCCGAUCCCUUUGUAUUUAUCCUCCUUUAACGCCAGUCUUUCUGGAACGACCGAUGUAGCUAUCACUGGCGGAACGAUCGUCGCGUCGGUAUAUGGUGUCUCUCAAACACUUCAAAUAUGCAGUUAUGUUAUGUGUCCUAUUCCUGUUGGUCCUUUUACUUUUAGUGGUACUAUAAAUGUACCAUCAAAUGUGUCUUCGUCUUGUUUUGCUCUACAAUUUACCGGUGUCAAUGUUGAAGUGCGAGCUUACGAUGCUAGUGGAA